UUUCGGCAAACGCGCAGAAGUUUCGCUUCUGAAUGCUGAAUAGCAGAUUAUUUAAACCCCAAUUUUUCUUCUUGAAGAAGUUCGAAAGGCGGGUGGCAUUUGUAUUUUACAUUGAAAUUCCAGUUUAGAUUUGUGCAAGUAUACUAACAAUGGAGUAUGUAGACCAAAAUAGAUGCCGACAACUGGCCAAGUCAUCAUCUUUUUACCGCAGGAUAUAUUCAGAGGUAGAAGAGAUAGGAUGGGAACACCUUGUCAGAUUGGGGGAAGAUCUGAGACUUCUCAGCUUUCGCAUGAUGGACAAGAAUGGAAGAGUGCACAUUGUUCAGAUAACUUUGGAUGGAAUAUAUCCGAAUCAGCCACCUUCAAUAUCAGCGGACGUGCCUUAUCUCUUCAAUGUGGAAUGGUCAAUAAACUCAAGACUAAAAGAUGUUAUCCAACAGUUUCAGCAGCAUAUGGAUAAGCUUCAGGAGUUUUGGAGUACAAUGGAUGACAUUGACCACUCUCUUUUGGUUUCUGACCUAAGAUAUCCUCACCGUGCUUUGUCACAUCGCCAACUUAAUAUAAGCAAUGACUGCCAUAUCAUGUUGUGUAUAGAUGCUAAUGAUCCGACAUCCCUACCAGACUGUCGCUUUCUUGGUUCAGAUUCAGAGGUGGAGAGAUUGAGAGCGACGUGGAGGAGAAACUGCAAAAGAUGGAUGAAAGACAAGCCAUUUUCUGAGAAUCUUGAAAAUAUAUUGGAUGUUCAACUUCAUGGACCUUCAAGCAUUCAGAAAACUGAUCCACAAACUGAAUGUGGCAUUUGUUAUGCACAAUAUCUUCCGAUUGAUGAUGAACUUGGUGCUAAGAGUGGAAGUGGCACUGAUUGUACAUGUGAAAAUAACAGCUGCAGUAGGGCCUUCCACAGUGUUUGCCUUGGAGAUUGGUUGCGUUCCAUCACAACAACAAGACAGUCAUUUGAUGUUCUGUUUGGGAAUUGUCCAUACUGUUCUGAUCCAAUUGCUGUCAAAAUCAAUACUAGGAAGUAAAAUAGUAAGUUACCCCUGUCAAAUAUUUGAGGUAAUUUAGCUCGCUGUGCACAGAUUACUUCGAGUGAUAGAGAAGGCUGGAGAUUUAGGGGAACAUUACUUUGUUCGACCACCUCUCCAUUUUGCAUAGUGAAUGUGAAACUUCUUUAGACAAUAUUAAAUCUGCAUAGAGAAGAUGUUGCUUUCAAGUAUGAGCAGCACUUUGUUUGAGUCGAUUAGUCAUGAAUAUGAUUUGCAUUUGUCAUUCA